AUGCAGUCGAGUGUUUCCUUGGAAGAUGGAUUUUAUUCCUUCUGGAAAUCUCUUGGACCUAAGCCUCCUACCACUCUUCGGUGCUUCGAAAGAGGGGAGAUAAUGACGCUUCAUGAUUCUGAUGCUAUUCUUGUGGCUACAGAUUACUACAAAAAUCCGUCCCUUGUAAAGCGGUUUCCCAGAGGGAAGUCAAGCCUGCCGUAUAUCACUGUCAAAAAACAAAACACUGACUUUUUGAGACAUUUUCUUCUAAAGAGGCAAUAUCGCAUUGAAAUAUAUUGUUCCACAUCCAAAUGUGGGAGAGAUAAUGAGUGGAGCCUUAAGUUGAAGGCUUCCCCUGGGAACUUGGGUUCAGUAGAAGAUCUCCUUACAUCCACAUCAGAUUCAGUUGAAGCUUGUGGACUCAGUGCAGUAAAUGUAAAGCAGCUAAACGAACGAAUACAUGUGUGCCUAGCGUUUUGUGAAACUGAAAGUCGGAAGUUUCUUGUUGGUGAAUUUAUGGACUCAGUGCACCUAGCGAACUUGGAAACUGCUCUUGUUCAACUUAAAACAAGAGAAUGCCUUGUCCCUACCGGACUGCUUUCACAUCCAGAUAUUUCGAAAUCUGAUGUCACACCUUUGGGCAAUGCUAUUUCGGAGCACGUCAGUUUUAUCUUUGAAAAAACUGGGAUUUUACCUACUGAGGUAAAAAAGUCUGAAUUCUCGCACACAAUUAAACCACAAGACUUGAUCUAUUUCCUGCGAUCUGAAAAAGAAAACUCAAAUGGCUCUUUGCUCUACGAGAAAGGUAAUCUGUUUUUGAAUGCUAUUCAAGUUUCUUCUCAAAGAUGCAUUGUCUUGUCUGGGUGCCAUAAUAAAUUCCUAGAUCUAAACGCUUUUGACACGAAUCGUCAUGUAUUCACAUUAGAAACUUUUAGUCUUGAAAAUCAUGUACGCCUAGAUAGUGCUGCUAGUCGGGCAUUGCACUUAUUACCUGGUCCAGAUGAUAAAAACAAGUUUCACAGUGUUUAUGGCGCAUUGAACAAUUGUCGAACAGCUCAAGGCCAGCGUCUUCUAGCUCAAUGGCUUCGACAACCUUUAAUAGAUAAGUCAAAAAUUGAAGAACGUUUGGACUUAGUUGAAUCGUUUGUUGAAGAAACUGCGAUACGUCGAGGAUUGCAUGAAGAUUUCUUACGUCGCAUCCCUGAUUUACAACGUCUAGGUCGACGUCUUAAAAAAAUCAGAGGUUCUGGCCUUCAGGAUGUCUAUCGUAUAUAUCAAGCUGUUUUACGCUUACCAUAUGCUGUUUCACUAUUGAAUCAAUACACUGGAUCCAAACGAUCAACAGUUUACGAAUGUCUUAUAACACCUUUACAAAAAGCCAUGGAUAACUUCAUUCUGUUUAAAGAUCUAGUGGAAUCCAACAUAGAUUUGGACUAUGUGAACCAACGAAAUGAGUUCAUUAUUCGUGCUGAUAAGGAUCCGUUGCUACAAGAAAUAAGGAAUAAAUUAGACAAUUUGGAGGAAAGAAUUCGAGAUGAAUUUAGACGUUGUGCAAAAAAGCUGAACUUGGAACAGAAUAAAUCUAUCAAGUUGGAAAGCAAUGAGCUACAUGGAUAUUUUAUGCGUGUCACACUCAAGGAUGAGAAAUGUUUAAGAGGAUUUGAAACAUUUGAAAUUUUGGACACACAAAAAGGUGGUGUACGUUUUCGUAAUAACCAAAUGACUUCAUUAACUGAAACUUAUGCUGAAGUGAAACAAGAAUAUAAUGGAUUACAAGAAGUGGUUGUACAUCAAGUUGUUUGUGCCGCAGCUACUUAUUUAGAGCCUAUCAAUCAAUUGAAUGCAACCACUGCGUUCUUAGAUGUUAUUGUUAGCCUUUCUAUCGCUGCUAUCUCGUCUUCAGGCGUAUCAUAUAUUCGUCCGAAAAUUCUCUCUAAAGAUAAUGGUCGUAUUAUUUUAAAAGGAGCACGUCAUCCAUGUUUGGAAAUGCAAGAUGGAGUCAGUGUUAUUCCAAAUGAUGUACAUCUUGAACGUGGUAAACAAAUAUUCCUAAUUAUUACUGGUCCGAAUAUGGGUGGCAAGUCAACUUUUAUACAUAGUGUUGCCGUUAUUGUUGCUAUGGCCCAAAUUGGCAGCUUUGUUCCGUGUUCAUACGCAGAAAUUAUGCCAGUCGAUGCUAUUAUGGCACGUGUUGGUGCGGCUGAUUAUCAAUGUCGUGGUGUUUCUACAUUUUUAGCAGAAAUGCUUGAAACUUCAGCUGUUUUACGAUCGGUCACGCCAAAUUCACUUGUCAUUAUUGAUGAAUUAGGACGUGGCACAUCAACGUAUGAUGGAUUUGGACUAGCAUGGGCAGUUGCUUCAUUUUUAGCUAGUCCUGAAGUUGGUUGUUUCGGUUUAUUUGCCACACAUUUUCAUGAAUUAACCAGUUUAGCAAAUUAUAUGCCCAAGCGUGUAGCUAAUCUACGAGUUUUAUGCAAUGUAUCAAACACUAAGGGGAUCGUUGAAGAUGAAGAGUCUGAGACAAAAGUUACCAUGUUGUAUAAAGUUGAGCCAGGCGUAUGCAGUCGUAGUUAUGGUCUAGACGUUGCUCGUCUUGCAGGCCUACCUAUGGAAGUAAUUAAACAAGCUGAACAUCAAGCAUCUAAAGACGAAGAGCUUGAAUCAAUUUGGUUGAAAUUAGAUAAAAAAUACUCUACCAUAUAUGAAGAUGAACUAGACUUUGUUCAUGACUCUCCAGCUGUAUCAACCGCCAAUGAAUUAUGUCCACGUCUUAUCACAAUGCUGGAUCACGUCAUAAAAGAAGCUGAACUAGAAAAAAAUUUAUCAAUUAAUAUGAUUAGUUCGACAGUUUCUCAUUUGACGCGUGAACUUUUACUAGAGAAACCAAAUAAUUUACCAAGUGAUUACUUAUUAAAUUUGGUGAAAAAUAAACUAGAAAACAAUAAGAGAAUUUACGAUUGA